AAAUCCUGUGGGGCAGUUCUACAUGGGGUUACUAUGAGUUGAAAAUCGAUUCAACAGUACUUAACAAUAAAAACAAUCCAAUGCUAUUUUUAUUUAUUUUUACUAAAAUUUUCUGGCUAUUGAGAGUUUCUUCAGGUUGGCUUCUGUAGUCUUUUGGCAUGCCUGUCUUUGUUUUUUAAAGCACCUCAUUGUUUUCUGAUGCUGCAAGAUGUUCCAGGUUCAUCUUGUAUUUUCACUGACUUAGCCCAAGUUUAUCAGCCAUUUCUUCUAUGAACCCUGACCACUUGUACUGGAGAAUGGUAUUUAGAACCAAGGCCUGGUUGUAGGUGUGCUUGUUGCUACUGAGGUGUCACUACUUCUAAUCCUGCUCAGAGGACAGAGCCCUAGGUCUGUAUACUAACUCAUGUAUAUACACGUCUAUGUUUGCUUCUGUAUCUGUCACAGUAUAUGUAUUAAAAUAAACAUGAGCUGAUACUGAUAACUUUAAUCUAGAACUACAGGGAUCAUUCUAGUUUCCCCUCUUGUUUAUUUGUAACUUCUUUAUCUGACAGUCAGAAACCUUGCUCCCAUUAUCUACUAUUUGUUAUUUGUUCAACCUGGAGUCCCUGGGUGAUGCAAACAUUUAAUGCACUUGGCUGCUAACCAAAAGGUUGGCAGUUCGAGUCCACCCAGAGGCGCUUGGGAAGAACUGGUAAUGUACGUCUGAAAAAAUCAGCCAUUGAAAACCAUAUGAAGCACAGUUCUACUCUUACACCAGUGGAGUUGGAAUUGACUUGAUGGCACCCGGGUUUGAUUUUAGUAUAUGUGUAAAGUAGUUUCAAAUUUGCUCAUGGUGGCUCAUUUCCUACUAUUUCAUGACUUUUUUUUUUAUUGUAAAAUUCUUCAAAAUUCUCUUUCUCAGUUUCCCCUGCCCCUUUUUUUUUGAGGCUUGCAUUGAAGUUUUAUUUUUCUAGAGUGAAUUUAUGUUUACGUCUGUUAGUUACUUCAGGGCUAUUUAAUUAUGAGCUUUUCUGGUCCAUGUAGAUUGUGAAAACUCUGGCCCUUAAUUGUGGGCUAGGAAUCUCUGGGUAGUGGAAAUGGUUAAGCACUGGACUACUAACUGAAAGGUUGGCUGUUAGAACCCACCUAGAGGCGCCUUGGAAAAAAGGCCUGGAGAUCUGCUUCCGAAGGCCACAGCCUUGAAAACCCCGUGGAGUGCAGUUCUGCUCCGCAACACAUAGGACCAGGAGUUGGAAUCGACUCCAUGGCAACUGGUUUGGCUCAUUUGUUUGUUUAAUUGUAGACUUAUGGUUAGGAAUUCCCAAACCAUGGGGUAGAUAGUCUUUUUCUUGUUUCAGUUCAACCUGAAAACUCAAAGCCAAGGACACAACAUCACAAUUAGCCCUCCUGUCUCUUUCUUCACUGACUCACUUUUUUUCCUAGUCCACCUGAUAGGAGUGUUGCCCUUUAGGUCUUCUGGUCUUCAGUGUGACCUCAUCUUGCUGGAGCCCCAAACUUGAUCUUGUUAAAACCCAGACUCUGGGCCAUCAGGUUUUUGUCAUAUGGCUCCAAGACACAUGUCAGGUGAACUUCAUUAUCUGCCUGGAUUCCCACUUUCUAAUUGUUUAUGGCUUCAUAGGAUUCCAACCAUGCACUUACAAAAAUUUUUAAAUUCAUAAUGAGCAUAUUUGGUGUUCUGAUCUGGAAAGGUUUUCUGGACAUUGGGUAUGACAUAUUGCCAACACAGAAAACCUUAUUUUGCUCUUCUUCUGUUGAAAGGCAGAGAAGGCUGGCUGCGGUAGGGGAGAGGAUAGUGGUCUGGAUAUACUUCUCAUGAAUAAAGCAAGAAAGCUAACAGCUUUGGCUAGAUCAGAGUCUAAGAGAGAUGGAGGUUUUAAAAAUAAUUGGAGCUUUGAUCAUGGAGAAGAAAGUGAAGGAGAUACAGAUAAAGAUGGGGCAAAUCUCCUCAGUGUAGAUGAAGAUGAGGAUUCUGAAACCUCAAAAGGAAAAAAGUUAAAUCGUCGAUCUGAAGUUGUUGCUACUAGUUCUGGCGAUUUCAUCUUGAAGACAUAUGUAAGACGAAACAAGAGUGAAAGUUUUAAAACUUUGAAAGGCAACCCAAUUGGACUUAACAUGUUGAGCAACAAUAAGAAAUUGAGUGAAAAUACACAAAAUGCAUCAUUAUGUUCUGGAACUGUAGUACAUGGUAGACGUUUUCAUCAUGCUAAUGCACAGAUAUCAGUAGUAAAAACAGCAGCCCAAAGCAGUCUGGACCGAAAAGAAAGGAAAGAGUACCCACCUCAUGUCCCAAAAAUCGAAAUUAAUCCUGUAGGGUUAAGUCGGCCCCACAGUGUUGAGUGUAUAAUGAAGAAAUCACAAGAGUCUGAAUCACAAUUGGAGCCUGAAAUUAAGAGGAAAGUACAACAGAAACGUCAUUGUAGUACUUAUCAGUCUAUGUCUUCUCUGUCUCCUGCUUCCAAAAAAUGUUUAACCAAUUUAGAGGUAUCUGAACAGCAUGAAUAUUGUCCAAAAUGUGGAAAAGAAAAAGAAAAUCAGACUAAAUGCCAAAGUUGUGGUAUUAAUUUUUCUAAGGAUUUGCAAAGGAACUGCAGACAAGGUAUAACUUCGAGUGAAUCCACUGGACCAUUAUUAAGGACAUCAAUUCAUCAGAAUUCUGGAGGACAGAAGUCACAAAACACAGGAUUAACAAUCAAAAAGUUUUAUGGCAGCAGUAUGGGAAAGGUUCCAAUUGAUAUUAUUGUGAAUUGUGAUGAUAGUAGACAGAAUUAUUUACAGACUAAUGGGAAAGUCAUUUUACCUGGGGCAAAAAUAGCCAAAAUUACACACUUGAAAGAAAGGAAAACAAGCCUAUCAGACCUAAACGAUCCAAUCAUUUUGUCCAGUGAUGAUGAUGAUGAUAGUGACAGAACUAACAGAAGAGAGAGCGUAUCUCCUCAACCUGCUGAUUCAGCAUGUUCUUCCCCAGCACCAUCCACUGGAAGAGUAGAAGCAGCACUUAAUGAAAAUACCUGCAGGGUAGAGCAUGAACUAAGAAGCAUUCCAGCAGAUUCAGAGUUAAACACAGUUACAUUGCCAAGAAAAGCAAGAAUGAAAGACCAGUUUGGUAAUUCUAUUAUCAGCACACCUCUAAAACGUCGUAAAGUGGUUUCUCAAGAAAGUUCAGUUGAUCCUAUGUCCUUAAGCUGCCAGAGUUCCUUUGAUAGUGUCAUUUUAAACUGCCGAAGUAUAAGAGUAGGAACACUCUUCCGGCUGUUAAUAGAGCCUGUAAUUUUUUGUUUAGAUUUUAUCAAGAUACAGCUAGAAGAACCGGAAAGUGAUCCUGUAGCGAUUACUUUAAAUACCUCUGAUCUGACCAAAUGUGAAUGGUGUAAUGUCCGAAAAUUACCAGUAGUUUUUCUGCAGACGAUACCAGCAGUGUAUCAAAAGCUGAGCGUGCAACUGCAAAUGAAUAAAGAGGAUAAAGUUUGGAAGGAGUGUAAAGGAAUAAAUAAGUUAACAAAUCUGGAAGAAGAAUAUAUUAUUUUAAUUUUUCAAACUGGCCUUGAUCAUCAGGCAAAUAUGGUAUUUGAAAGUAUCAUUACUGAAAUUGGUAUAAAGAAUAAUAUUUCCAAUUUUUUUGCAAAAAUCCCCUUUGAAGAAGCCAAUAGCAGACUUGUUGCCUGUACAAGAACCUAUGAAGAAAGCAUCAAAGGAAGUUGUGUGCAAAAAGAAAACAAAAUUAAAAAUGUGUCCUUUGAAUCUAAAAUACAACUUCGAAACAAACAAGAAUUCCAGUUUUUUGAUGAUGAGGAAGAAACUGGAGAGAGUCAUACCAUCUUCAUUGGUCCUGUAGAAAAAUUAAUAGUCUAUCCACCACCUCCAGCUAAGGGAGGCAUUUCUGUUACUAACGAGGACCUACACUGUCUGAAUGAAGGGGAAUUUUUAAAUGAUGUUAUUAUAGACUUUUAUUUGAAAUAUUUGGUGCUUGAAAAACUGAAGAAAGAAGAAGCCGACCGAAUUCAUAUAUUCAGUUCUUUUUUCUAUAAACGCCUUAACCAGAGAGAGGGGAGAAAUCUUCAUGAAACAACCAAUCUGUCAAUACAGCAAAAGCGACAUGGGAGAGUAAAAACCUGGACCCGGCAUGUAGAUAUUUUUGAGAAGGAUUUUAUUUUUGUACCCCUUAAUGAAGCUGCCCACUGGUUUUUGGCUGUUGUUUGUUUCCCUGGUUUGGAAAAACCAAAAUAUGAACCCAAUCCUCAGUAUCAUGAAAAUACAGUCAUACAAAAGUGUUCAACUUUAGAGGACAGUUGUAUUUCUUCUCCUUCAGCCAAUGAAAUGGACAGUUGUUCACAAAACUCUUCCGCCAAGCCUGUAAUUAAGAAGAUUAUAAACAGAAAACAUUGCAUAGCUGUAAUUGAUUCAAAUGCUAUACAGGAAGAAAGUGACCCUCGUUAUCGGAGAAACAUAUGCAGUGUGAAAUGUAGUCUGAAAAAAAUAAAUCAUACUGCAAGUGAAAAUGAAGAAUCAAAUAAAGGAGAAUCUGCUUGCCAGAAAGUUGUUGAUAGGACUAAAAGUGAGAAUGGCCUACAGAAUGAAUAUUUAAGUUCUAUACACCAUACAGAUGGCUUAAGCAAAAUCAGACUAAACUAUAGUGACGAAUCAUCUGAAGGUGGUAAAGUGCCUGACGAUGAACUCAUCGACUUCUCAGAAGAUCAGGAUAACCAGGAUGAUAGCAGUGAUGACGGAUUCCUUGCUGAUGAUAACUGCAACUCAGAACUAGGGCAGUGGCACUUAAAGCCUACAAUCUGUAAACAACCUUGUAUCCUGCUUAUGGACUCACUCAGAGGCCCUUCUCGGUCAAAUGUUGUAAAAAUUCUAAGAGAGUAUCUAGAGGUGGAAUGGGAAGUUAAAAAAGGAAGUAAAAGAAGUUUUUCCAGAGAUGUUAUGAAAGGCUCUAAUCUAAAAGUACCACAGCAAAACAACUUCAGUGAUUGUGGUGUGUAUGUAUUGCAGUAUGUAGAGAGCUUUUUUGAGAAUCCAAUUCUCAACUUUGAACUACCUGUGAAUUUGGCAAACUGGUUUCCUCCUCCAAGAAUGAGAACAAAAAGAGAAGAAAUCCGAAACAUAAUUCUGAAGCUGCAGGAAGAUCAGUGCAAAGAGAAGAAGAAGCAUAAGGACACUUACUCAAUAGAGUCAUCUUUAGGUGAAGGAACCGAACAAUAUGUCAGCAGUAUCCCAGAUUGACCAUUUCUGUUGCUUGUCGGUUCUGCCUUCGAAAACUGAAUGACUUUCACCUUUGACUAUAGACAGUAAAGAACUGAAGUGUUCACUACUGAAAGUGAUUUGGAAAUGUUAAUGCUUGUAUAAAUGUCAUAUAAUUAAUUUUCAAUGGAGUAUGUAUUAAGUAAAUGAGUGUAAAUAUGUUAAUGAGGCCAAUUUUUCCAGCAUUUAUAAUUAUUUUUUUCACUUGUUAGGAAGCUUUUGUUAUGUAUUUUCUGUUAAUAGUACUUAAAACUGCAACUUCUAAACACAAAAUAAAUAAAAAGAAAAUAUUUAUAGGAGGAAAUCGUUAACUUGAUAUUCUUUAGUAAACUUGUUUUAAAUUCCUCAGUGAGUGGGAUAUAUUUCAUAGGAAUAUUUAAGUAUGAUAAUGUUUUGACCUUUUGCAUUUGUUUUGAAAUAUGAAAAUAAGAUUAAAUCUAAGGCAUUUCGAACUAAAAAGACAUCUGCAUAUGCUUGUAUAGCAGGAAAAAACUAACAGCUUUUUAAUUCGAACACUCUUGUGUGCUCAGAGAACCCAAGAAAUGUUGAUAAAUGUUUAUAAUUUAAAACAAAUAUUUAUGAAGAAGCAGUAUUAAGAACAAUUCAAAUUAAAGUUACUUUGAAUUAUACUACUAAAUAAUAACAAAAUAUACUUUAUCAUACAUUAUUGUAAAAUGCAUUUUUGAAGACAUCAGAGACUCAGGUUAAAAUUAUUUUGGUUAAGUGCCGCUUGAAUCUCAAAUUUCCCACGUUACCUUUCUGUGUUAUAGCUUAAAGUAUGCUACAAUCUGUGUGAUGUAAUAAACAUUUUUAAUCUGUGUAAACACAGAAAUUUAAAUAGAAAUUUACUAUUUUUUGUAAUAGCUUUUGCUAUUUUUCCAUUGCUUACUUUGUUCUUGUUGUUUUGAUAAAAUAUCAGACUUUUUGCUUGAGUUUUUCAAGUGUAAAUUACUUUUAAAUGUAAAAGUACUGUCUUUAAUCGGUUUCAUAAUGCAGAAAAAUAACUCCUACAUGAAUCCCCCUUUAAAAAUACUAAAAUGUGAUGCUUUUGAUGAGAUUUACAGUUCAUAUAGGGACCGUGCAUAUGUGUGCUAAAACUAUUAUUUUUCAAAUGAGAUAUUAUACAUUUCUUUCCAGUUAACUUUGAAACUUGAAACACAUAUUUUUAAAGUUUUUUUGUUCAAUAAUGAAUUUUUAAAUGCACAUAUAACAAAAGUAGACUAAAAGACAUUUUUAUCAUCAGCAGUUACUUUUAUUUUGGCCAUCUCUGGCAUUGCAAUCAACAUUUUAUGCUCUUCUCUUGAAUUUAAUUAAGUCUACGAGUAUAGGGUUUUUUGAGGUGGGUUGUUAACAACAAAAAGUCUUUUUUUUUUUUAAUAUUACAAUGCUAGCUUAAGGGAAGUCACUAUUGGAGUAUCUAACUAUGGAUUUUUGUUUCUUCAUUACUUUGAACUAUCUUAACAUUUUUUUAUAUCUGAUUAUAUUUUUUAGGAAUAUUCUAGAGCUAGUACAUCAGAUAUGAAAAACAAGUUUAAUUGUAGUAUUACUAAAUAUGGCAAAAUGCUUUUUGCUUUCUAAUCAGACUAGGACCAAAAGAAUCAGAUUGUUUUAAAAACCUAAUUGCUGUAAGCAAAAUUGAUACAUUUUUUUUAAAUGUCCUGCAUUUUGUCAGAAUUUGAAAGUACUGACUGAAAAAAAAAAACUAUUCUAAAAUCCAUAUUUAAUUUCUGAUGGUUACAUUUUGUACUCAUAACUUUUGAUAAGAUAAAAAUAUAACUUGUCCCUUGGACCAGUUUAAGCCAAUCAACAUUUUAACAUGAAAAAUAUAGAUGGAUGCAUGUCAACUUCUAGAGGUAGAGUACCAACUAGUUUAUGGUAUUUUUCCCACCCUAUGUGAAAGAUCUGUUUUUUAAAUUUAAUACUAAUUACUUUGCAGUGCAUACUAAAAUUUUUGAAGACUACUAGGUUUAGCUCCAAAAGUAAACUUGAGAGACUCUCUGGUGUAAACGCACAUUCAUUUGAUAACUGUGUACUCUGGUACUUCUAUACAUAGUUUAAAGUAGGUAUCAACCUUUUAAAAUGUGUUAUGAGUACUUAGAAGUUGUGAAACAAAACAUUGAAGUCUAGAGGUUUGUUACUAGACCCUGAAGCUGCAUGACGAGUAUCUGGUGUCUUAACUAAUUAGAUAGAUGGUGUUGUAUUGGUUUUCUUGCUGGAUAGAAUAACAGUUAAUAAUUUCUAGAAGAGUUUUAGAUUACUUCCCAUAAAAUAUGUAUGCGUCUCAACUCUUGGCUAGUUUAGGAGCAAAGGUGAUGCUUCAUUAGUCCCUUCCCUUCAAUGUUGCUUAAGGCAGUUGAAAACGAUAUUAUUUCAAGUUCACAUAAACCUAAAGCAGUUUAGUUUUUCUUUGCAUAGUAACCUGUGCUUCAAUUUCAAGUUUCUUUCCAGUUAACUUUGAAACUUGAAAUACAUAUUUAGUCAAUUAAAUUGUAGGAGGUUUUAUUUGAAAGGAUAAAAUGAUUAUCAAAAUUACAUCUUGUUUUAAAUCACCAAAAUGAAUUCAGUAUUUGUUUUCUUUAAAAACUGAUCUAUGAAAGCUAAGCUAUAAUGGAAAAAAGAGUAACAGAGUUUUAAUUUACCAAAAAUCAAAUAUUGUACUUAAAGUCUCAAACUAUUCACUGAGAAAGAAUAAUAAAGAAUAUAUUUUAAUAUAUAAUAAGAGUUGAUGGAUUAAAGGGACUGGAAUAUAAAGAUGGAAGGGAAUAACUGUCAGAAGAAACAAUUCUUAAGAGUUACAAGGCAGUGUAGUGCUGUAUGUCUAGAGGAGAUACAGAUAACAAGAUUGCUCUGUAUAUCACUUUAAGGAUAAACAGUAAGGGAGGAGAUUAUUGUGGGGGUCAUACUACAGACUGCCUAGCCAAGUGACAUAAAUGGAUCAUUAAACAACAGAGGCAAGGCCAGAUGGUACUGGGAAAUGUAAAAAUGUGCUGAAAUACUCCAGCAGGAGUUUUGGAUACAUUCGUGUUUCCCUAUUCUUAGACAACCUGAAACCCUGGUGGUGUAGUGGUUAAGAACUACAGCUGCUAACCAAAAAGUCGGAGUUUGAAUCCACGAGGUGCUCCUUGGAAACCCUAUGGGGCAGUUCUGCCCUGUCCUAUAGGGUUGCUGUGAGUCAAAAUGGACUAGACGGCAAUGGUUUUGGGUUUUCUGGUACUCUUACAAAGAGGAAAAGGGGUCAUGAGAGCUGCUGCUCCGAAACUUAAGUUUACCCAUAGGGGAAGAAUUGCUUGAUCAAGUGGAGGCAAUGUGAACCUUGGGAAAAAGUAACCCUACCUUCUAGUAGCCAGAUCAAGGAAUACUGGUAGAAUAACUAAACUACUGUUAAUAGAAGUUAGGGUGCAAUGUACUCAGAGGAAAAUGCCAUAAACCCAUGGCCUUGAAUCAUUAAGAAAGGUUAAAAGUUAAGAGGUCUUUAUGGUCCUUAUUGAAAAUGAUUACAGUGAGGAAGAUGGUAUCCAGAGCCAGAAUUUUUAUCUAGAAAUGUACAUGUAAAUCACCUGGAGAGCUUUUCAAAAUACACAUAUAUCCAAGGUCUCAACCCCAGUUGUGCCAUAUAUUUUCAAAGAAUUUCACAGGUAAUUCUGAUGUGUACCUCCUGUGGCAAACCACUCAUUUGAAAGGGUCAUUGUAUGUGCCUGAUGGCUUUCAAGUUGCUGGCCCCAGCCCUUUUUGAGGGUUACCUGCGUUUUCUACCCUUGAAUGCUUUAAGUACCACUUUACCACCCUAGACUCCCAUUAAGAACUUGAUAGAUGAGGACAUUAAAUUGCUGCUACUAAGCCUUGAGGAAUUGUAAAGAAAAUUACUAAGGUACUCAAAAGUUAGAGGCUGGCAAAUACGUCAAGUUUCAUAUGGAGGAAAGUGCAUUCUGCAAAUUAUAAGUUAAUAUACAUCAACAAUAAGAUGCUAAAAUGAAUUAUUAUAAUGGAUUUAAUAACUCGAAGCAGUGGCCACCAGCAGUCAUAGACCGCUAAAAACAAGGUGGUUUUCUUUCACUUUUUUAAAUGAGAUUCUGGACUAGUCAGUCUGUAGAAUGCAGCAGACCAGCAAUUCUCAAAGUCUGUUUAAUAACUAGUUCAAGUUAAGCAGGUUCCUUCACAGGAUUUCUCAUAGCCUUUAAUAUUGCUAAUGUGCAGAAUGAUUAAACAAGAAGAAGAUACAGAACACAACUUAUUUGGUAUAGAAUUUGACCAUAUCUCGUUUGUCUCCUGGACUGGCUUUCUAUAAGUUUCCUGUCAGAAGACAUAGAAUUACUGAUAGAGGUGUUUAUGAACUGAAGUUCAAAGAAGACGCUUUUGAAACUGAUUUUGAGGUUGGUUAUUUUUUAUAUUUUCUUUAAUAGUUGGCUGCAUGAUUUGUAAACUUCAUAAUGACUAGUGUCUUGACGAAAGGAAGUUUAAUGAGAAGCAUUUUUCUUUAACCAUUUUAAUAAAAAUAACCAUUGUCAUGAAAGAUAAUUACAAAUCUAAUUCUUUUAUACAAAUGGAUUCUUCUAGAAAAAGCAGAUUAGAUGAUACCAAUCGUAAG